AUGCCAUUCGAUUCACCAUUUCCAGAAAUUAACAUUCCAGAAGUAGACCUUCUCACCUGGCUCUUCGGGUCGCCUGAUGCGCCGCUCUCCAAAGAGCCAAUAUACCUAGACUCCAUCAACCCCGAGGAGAAACAUAUCUCCCUCCACGAAUACCGAUCAUUGGCUCGCCGAGUCGCUAGCGGCAUCCAGACUAAACUCCGGUUACAGCCGCAAGACAAACUUCUCGUCUUCUCGAGCAAUAACAUAUAUUUCCCCGUUUUGCUCAUGGGAAUCGUGGGCUCUGAAUGUGUAUUCACAGGCGCAAAUCCCACAUUCACAGCUAGAGAACUGGCGUACCAAAUCAAAGACGCUCACGCAAAAGUACUUUUCGUGGCGCCAGAUGCAGUACCUACAGCGUUAGAAGCAGCGAAGGUAACCGGAUUAGAUACGAGGAAGAUAUUUGUCUUUGACGAUAACAUCAAGAACCCCAAUCGUUCCGCUUGGGCUCAAUACCCCAUUGGAGGAUAUUGGACAGAUAUUCUCUCCGACAGAGAAGAUUUCAGAUGGCGACAGUUAAGCAAGGAUGAAUUAAAUACUACCGUUGCUAUUAAUUAUUCCAGCGGUACAACGGGUAUGCCGAAGGGAGUGGAGAUUACGCAUAAGAAUUUUGUAUCGAAUACUACGCAAUCGAUCACUAUGGAUGAGGAUGUGCCAGAUUAUACACCCGUGAAUCUGGCGGCGAUUCCGAUGUACCAUGCGUAUGGUAUGGCGGCCUUUGUGCUCCAGUCUGCGAAACAGGGGACUAAGGUUUAUGUUAUGCCGAAGUUUGACUUUGUGGAGUAUUUAAAAUGCAUCGAGAAGUAUGGAGUUACGUCGAUUGCCGCUGUACCGCCUAUUAUCGUGGCAUUCGCGAAGCAUCCAGCUGUCGAUAAGACGGAUUUAUCAUCCGUUAAGUCUAUUGGCUGUGGUGCUGCGCCUCUGAGUGCAGAGACAGCUAUCGCCGCCGAAGCCAAAUUCAACAAUGUGAGGAUUCUCCAAGGAUACGGAUUGAGCGAAGUAACCUGUGCGGUUAUUGUGCAAAGAGAGAACAAGUUAAAUGUUAAUCCCAAACGAGGGACCGUUGGCCACAUUGCACCAAACUGUCGAGCAAAACUCGUCGAUGCAGAUGGGAAAGAACUAGGAAGGAACCAACCAGGAGAACUAUGGGUUCGCGGACCCAAUGUUAUGAAGGGGUAUUAUAACAAGCCGGAAGCGACAGCGGAUACAAUUACUCCAGACGGGUGGUUGAAGACUGGUGAUGUUGCAUACGUCGAUGACGAAGGCCUAUGGUAUAUUGUAGAUAGGAAGAAGGAACUCAUCAAGUCUUCAGGUUAUCAAGUAGCACCAGCUGAACUGGAAGCAGUACUCCUGGAGCACCCAGAUGUCGCAGAUGUCGGCGUCAUCGGCAUCAAAUGGGCGGAUAACGAACGUCCUAGAGCCUACAUUGUUAGAAAUGCGGGUUCUAAAGUAACAAGCGAAGACAUAAAGAAAUAUAUGUCAAAGGUCGUUUCGAGCUAUAAGCAGCUUACCGGGGGUAUCGUUUGGGUAGAUGAAAUUCCGAAGAAUCCAUCGGGUAAGAUCUUAAGGAAAUUGCUGAGGGAGAGAGCAGCAAAGGAAGUAACAGACACCGGAGAUCACAAGGCGAAGCUCUAA